AUGGUCGGAGUCGCACUUCUAGGAGCGGGCAUCUUUGCCCGGGAGCAACACCUCCCCGCAAUCGAAUCCGUCCCCUCCCUCUCCCUUAAGGCCAUCUACUCCCGCUCCGAGUCCUCCGCCAACACGCUCGCCUCGGCCGCUUCCAACCCCGUCGACGUCUACUACGACGUGCCCACCGGCACCGGCGAAGCCAAGGUCGGCCCCGAAGAGAAGACCCUCGACGCUUUGCUUGCGCGCACCGACAUAGACGCCGUCGUCAUCGCCCUACCCAUUCUCGCCCAGCCGGCCGUCAUCCAGAAGGCGCUCAAGGCGGGCAAACAUGUGCUCAGCGAGAAGCCGGUGGCGAAGGAUGUGGAGGCCGCUAAGGGGUUGAUUGAGUUUUAUGCCGGCCUCGAGCAGGGCGAGAAGAAGAAGCCGCUUUGGGCGGUGGGCGAGAAUUACAGGUACACGCCUAGUUUGAUGGCUGCUGCGGAAAAGGUGAAGGAGGUGGGGGGCAAGUUGACUACGUUCCGGCUGAACAUGAAUGGGUGGGUGGAGGAGGAGAACAAGUAUUUCAAGACUGAGUGGCGCAAAGUACCCUCCUACCAAGGCGGUUUCCUCCUCGACGGCGGCGUGCACUUCGUUGCCGGCCUGCGCCUUCUGCUCUCCUCUCUGGAUCAAGACAUCAGCCAGGUCGUCGGCUUCAGCCACCUCCUGGAAGAGCGUCUGCUGCCUGUCGACACGGUGCACGCCGUCGCCUUGACCAGCGAGGGCAAGUCGGGAACUAUCAGCAUCUCGUUCGGCACCCAGUUCAAGUCCGGCCUCGAGGUCGAGGUGGUCACUACCAACGGGUCCGUCUACUGGAACCCGACCGAGGUCAAGACCAAGACCAAGGACGGUGAGAAGGCGGAGCAGUUUGAGAGGAGAAGCGGUGUUAAGGAGGAGAUGGCUGCUUUUGCGCAAGCGAUUGAGCGGGGGAAGACGGAGAAGAACCAGACGCCCGAGGAGGCGUUGAGGGAUUUGGAGGUGGUGCAGAGGCUGUUGGAGUCGGGAGAGGCAAAGGGGGCUGUCAAGGCCAUUGAAGCUUGA